AUGGCUUUUCCCUUUAUUGUCCAUGAGUUCGGCGGCGGCCACCUCUACAUCUGGAUCCACGGCGAUGCAGCUUUUGUACGGACAGCUGGCAAACGUCUUUGGUCGCCGCUGGCCCAUGCUCAUCUCAACCGCUCUGUUCGUGCUCGGAAGCGGCAUUUGCAACUGCGCAAUAACAUAGCGACCCUCAUCGUCGGCCGAAUCAUUCAGGGCAUCGGAGCCAGCGGCACCGUCGUCCUCAUCGAGACUAUCAUCUGCGACGUGGUGCCGCUGAGAGAGCGCGGCAAGUUCCUGGCCAUCAUCAUGAGCAUGAUAUUCUUGGGCGCUGCGCUUGGUCCCUUCUUCGCCGGCCUCAUUGUGCAAUUAUCGAGCUGA